CCAGUUCCUUCUGGUAAUAUUUUACGUGUGUAGUAAUCUGUGGAUGUGAAAAUAGAAACAAUAAGACUUUGCCAUAUUUUUGCCAUUCUAUUUUACAACAGUUGGAUUAUUGAAGGAGUGAACACUACAGUACAGUACUUUGAUUCUAGAAAUUUAAACGUGAAAUUUUCAUUCAUAAUUCGACCACGUGGUUUUCUACAUAGCGUGUACAUGUGUUUUCCCCUGUUUCCAUAAGUGGAAUACAUACACUGUACGUCUUGCGUCAUCUUAUUAGUAAAGCGGAGAUGUCUUCUUGAACUCGGACAUAUUUCAAUUUAUAAUACACGUGUUGUACAACCUGCAGCCAUGCCUUCAAAGGAUAAAUACGAUGUUGUCGGACAGAAUGAGAAAUCUGCAAAAGAUGCUAAUAGUUCAAAUUCAAGUAUACCAAAGGAUGAGGUCAAGUUACAACAGAAAAUCAGUUUGUUGAAUGGUGUAACUGUAAUCGUAGGGAGUAUCAUAGGAUCUGGUAUAUUUGUCAGCCCUAAAGGAGUUCUCGAAGGGGCUGGAAGUGUAGGCUUGUCUAUAAUAGUAUGGGUUGGCUGUGGUUUAUUUUCCAUGGUUGGGGCAUACUGUUAUGCUGAACUUGGAACCUCUAUAACAAGAUCUGGAGCAGAUUAUGCUUAUAUUUUUGAAGCAUUUGGACCAUUUUUAGCAUUUCUUAGAUUAUGGGUUGAAUGUAUGAUUGUGAGACCAUGUUCACAAGCCAUUGUAGCUAUGACUUUUUCGUAUUAUAUUAUUGAACCGUUGUUUCCAGAUUGUGAGCAGCCAGACAAUGCCAUUAGACUUCUUGCAGCAAUUUGUAUAUUGUUACUCACAUUUAUCAACUGUGCCGAUGUGAAGUGGGCGACUCGAGUCCAAGAUAUUUUUACAUAUGCUAAAGUUGGAGCAUUGAUACUAAUUAUAAUAACAGGAUUUGUACAGUUAGGAAGAGGUGAACAUGAAAACUUCCACAAUCCUUUUGAGCACACAGAAACUAAUAUUGGUAAAAUUGCCAUGGCAUUCUAUUCUGGGUUAUUUGCCUACAAUGGAUGGAAUUACCUAAACUUUGUAAUUGAAGAAUUGAAAGAUCCCUACAAAAAUUUACCAAAAGCCAUCUGGAUCUCUAUUAUCAUGGUGAUGACUGUGUACACUCUAGCCAAUAUUGCCUAUUUCACCACUGUCACCAGAGUGGAGAUCUUGAGUGGCAGUGCUGUUGCUGUAAUGUUCUCCCAGAGGUUGUAUGGUGUCAUGUGGUGGAUCAUGCCGAUCUUUGUAUCACUCUCCACUUUUGGAGGUGUAAAUGGUAUCCUGUUUACCACCUCAAGAUUAUUUUACGUUGGUGGUAGAGAGGGCCACAUGCCACAAGUGUUAAGUUAUGUAUCUGUAAAGAGAUUGACUCCAAUGCCAGCCUGUAUAUUUAUGGGUAUAUUAUCACUAUUUUACCUGUUGUCAACAGAUAUGUAUGCCCUAAUUAAUUAUGUGGGCUUUGUCAACUGGUUAGCUAUAGGAAUGUCCAUUGUAGUACUGCUGUACUUCAGAAAAACUAGACCAGAAAUGAACAGACCUAUUAAGGUGAACUUAUUCUGGCCUAUAUUAUAUGUGGCUAUGACUGUUUUCCUAGUUGCUUUACCAUUCUAUGCCUCACCAAGAGAAACCACCUAUGGUGUUAUAAUGAUCUGUACGGGUAUUCCAGUUUAUAUCAUAUUUAUAGCAUGGAAAAAUAAACCAAAGAGUCUAACUAAUAUAAUAGACAAAACUACAUUACUUCUACAGAAGAUACUAGUUAUCAUGCCUGAGGAGAAUGUGGUCAGUAUAACAGAGGAAAUGAAGCAUGAACAUGCUACAUAGACUAACAUUUAGGAACUGUGUUCACACUGGUGAUUUACAUCAUUGACAUAGCUUUUUGUUGAUUUCAUGAAGAUGAACUUACUUUAUGUAAAGUAUGCCACAUUCAGAUUGAAGUUUUGUUACUGAGAUGUUUGGAAUUCCAAUCCAGUUAGUUAGUGAUAUGUAAAAAUACUUUUAGGGGGUUUAAUUUUUUUAGGAUUUUUAAUAACUUGCUUAUAUUAAUGUUUAUGAUUUUUCAAAAUAUUGUUCAGUGUGUUCAAGUAAAUAUAAACAUGGAAUCAUCUGUAUAAUACUAAAACAUUUAUGUAGCGCAACAAUAUUUUUUGAGCAUUUCAGUUAACAGUGGAGGAGGGAAACAGGGAACUUGUGUAAGAGACAACAAUCUGAACAAAGAGCAGAAAACAGGCCAAACCUUAUUCAAUACAGUUUAAUAGCAAUAUACAUAACUUUGGCUUCAUACACAAAAAUGUUUUGUAAUAAUUUUUUUCUAAACUAAAACUUGAUUAAAAUCCUGAUUAAUUUUUUCUUUGCUUUGAAGAAAAGGCUAAAACCGCCAUGUAAAAAAAAAAAAAUCUUAGUAGAAAUGAUUUUACUUUUUAAGGUUUGAUAGUAAUGUGCAGUGUAUACAGCAGUGCUUCUCAAAAACCACUGUUCAAAUCAUUCCAUUACUUAUGGGUUUAUAGCCAUAUUUAAAAAAAAAUAUUGUUUAGCUGUAUAUUUAUGGAUAAUUUAUUGAAACAUUGUAAUGUUAUGUAUAUUUUUAUUAAUAAUUUAUAUUGAUGUAUUUUUAUUAUGAAAAAAUAACCAUAGAACUUACAUUUGUUUUCUUACUAUCAGACUGUCUGGUAUUUUAUCAGUUAUUGUUUUGUUUUGAAUUUGUUUUUGAAUAUUAAAAACAAAACUUAAUGCCAGGAUUAAAAUUUUGUACACCAGACCUCUAUUUCAUCUACAGAAGACUCAUUAUUUACACUUGAAUAAAAAAAGACUAAAAGGGUUGAAUAAUAUUGUUUCAAUAUUUAUUAUUGAAUAAAUGUAUAUUUAAAAUGUACUAUCAUUUGGACAUGUUAUUUAAUGCUUACUGUGACACAAAUAUUAACAUCUGUUAGAAAACUUGUUUAUUUAGUUAUUUUUGUUGGAUUUUAUCAAAUGCACUUUGUUAUUGACAUAACUAGUUUAUAAUUAGUUUUGGGAAAAGCCAGUUAACAGAAAUGUUUAUUUUUAGAUCUGCUUUAUUGCAUAUUUAUUUCAUUGCCAAAUUUUUGGGUCCGCUUCAAUUCAUUAAUUCAUUGCCAAAAUCAGAUUUUUCACAACCAGUACAUUUAGCAUUAUAAUUUCAUCUUUUGAAUUUAUUCAGUUUACUUAGUUUGUCUGCUCCCAUUGAGUUUCUGUGUCCAUUCUAUGAAUGUGAAUCAGGCAGUCUUUUUGCAUAGGUAAUAUUUAAGAAUUUGAUUUCGAGACAAAAGUCUUACAAAGGACUGAAUAUGAAAAUAAGUUAGUCUACUGUACUUCCAUGUAAUUCAAGAGGUUUUUGCCUCAUAUAAAUCAAUAUCAUAGAAGUUAUACAUGUAUUCUCAUUUAUUGCUGUGUGGCCUGUUUAAAAUGUCCAACCUUAUCUAACGCUAAUAUGUGCUUCAAAUUGUAGAGGUCAACUUAACAGAAUUGAACAUUUGACUUUUAAUGUGUUGUCUUCGUGGAAGUUAUUCAUGGGUCAGACAAAUUAUUAUUUGUUAACACAACAAGGACAAACAGAUGCUUCCAGUAUGGUCCCCUAUAUGCCUAUUCCGGUGUAUAUAUAAAUUUACCUGUUUCUAUUUCCAGAAUUGUGCUGUCUUGUUUAUUCUUUGUGAAUGAGUUUGUUUUACUGCUCAUUAGAUAUUUUAGCUUGUUUACUUUUGUUUUAUGUUAAGCCAUGGAUUGUUAUUUGUUUACCUCCAAAUCUCACAAUGAUUCUAUGUUGAAUUAUUUUAGAAUCUUAUAAAGUGCCGAUUUUAUCCUUUUUGUUUUGUUUGUAUUUUAUAUAUUUGUUUGGUUUUUGCAUUUUAGUUUGUUUUGUUUAAUGCUGUGCAUUUGAUUAGCAUACUUUGGUUUGUGUAAUUCAUAAAUCAAGAUCUCAUUUUAGAUAAAAGUAGUUACCGUACAUCUACUGGUCAAGGUUUAAAAGUAGAGUUACCGUACAUCUACUGGUCAUGGUUUAAAAGUAGAGUUACCGUACAUCUACUGGUCAAGGUUUAAAAGUAGAGUUACUGUACAUCUACUGGUCAAGGUUUAAAAGUAAGAGUUACUGUACAUCUACUGGUCAAGGUUUAAAAGUAGAGUUACCGUACAUCUACUGGUCAAGGUUUAAAAGUAGAGAUACCGUACAUCUACUGGUCAAGGUUUAAAAGUAGAGUUACCGUACAUCUACUGGUCAAGGUUUAAAAGUAGAGUUACCGUACAUCUACUGGUCAAGGUUUAAAAGUAGAGUAACCGUACAUCUACUGGUCAAGGUUUAAAAGUAGAGUUACCGUACAUCUACUGGUCAAGGUUUAAAAGUAGAGUUACCGUACAUCUACUGGUCAAGGUUUACUGUGCUUCACAUAUCAUUUCUGAAUGAGGCUAAAAGGUGAGAACUUAGAAAAAGUGUCAAGUUGUAUGAAUGAUUGGGAGAGAAAGCAUGGGUAGACAAUUAAUUUUAUGGUUUCUGUUAAUUCUGAAAUGUGUUGUGUGCAGGAGAUCAGUUUAUGCAUAAUAAGUAAAAUCCUGAAAAACAAUCUUCAUAAAUUAUGAGUUAAACUGAUUACUUUUGACUUGGUUGUUUAUUUGUUGCCAUUCAUAAAAUUGUCUGAUGUUUCAGAUUUUAAAGCUAAAACUAUUAUUAUUAAAAGGUAAAUCAAUUAACUAUGUACUAUAUAAUGUCAACUCCACAUUGUUACUUCUAUAUAUAUUACAAUUUAAAAAAAUGUGUUUUUAAACAUAUUUUUUUUUCACAUAGAAGAUACAUUUGUAUAUUUAACUUGAUCUAGAGUUGUCCUUUCUUGGAUGGUGUCGUGAAUUAAAGAGUUUAAAUGAUGAUUUCUGUUUUAUAGUUCUGAUCUCACUGCCACAUUUACAUUAGUAAAUGGUGUAUAAUCUGUUGGUACUUUUACAUCUAUUUUUAUUUAUAAUUGAUUUUAGAAGUAAUUUGUUAUUUAUAGUCAUUGUUAAUCAUUAGUUAAGUAGUUUUCAUUUAGUUGUUAUUUUAGAAUUCCAAAAAUAUUUUUUCCCUGUGUAAAUUUUGCAAAUUAAGAUAAAGUUGUGAAUUUUAACAUUUAAACCGAUCAUGGAUUUCUCACAACUACAAUUAAUAACAUAAAUAAUUUAUUUUCGUAGUUAACCCUAACAAUUGUUUCUCAAGAGAUAAGAGACUGAUACUAAUUUCAUGAUUUUAUUGUAUUUUAACAUGCCUUUUUCAUGACUAUAUGUGUUCAUUGUUUGGAUUUUAAACAUAGCUCCACAGCUUGUAUAAGUGUUUUAUCAUUUUUUGUCACUGUUAUUCAUGAUUGAGGGCAUUAUUAUUUUAAAGAAUGAAAUAUUUUCAGCAUUUAUGGUUACUUUUUAUAAUCAAGGCAGCAGUUUGCACAAUUAACACCAAGCAAUAUGACCUGGGUCCUUAGAUUUUUUUCUGAAAAGAGACCUCAAAUGUCAUAUACAUAUAAAUAAAAUGUAAUAUUAUAAAAGUCUGAUUAGUCAAAAAAGUCCCCCAAAAAAAUUUGUAAAGAGACAGCUUGCCAAUUUAUUUACUGAAUCACUUCUGUAGGUGUUUUAAACAAGAUGGGGAUAAAUCGUAUUUUAAUGAUUUGAUUGAUUAAUAUGAUUUUCAUAUUUCAAGUGAUUUCAUUUUAUCAACAACAACAAAAAUCUGAUUAUAGAAACACAAGGUAUAUUAACAUAUGGGAAAAUUAUGAAAAGGGUUAAGAUUAUAGAUAGUUAAAAAAAAUAUUACACAAACUGGGGAUGCUUUAUAAUGUUGUGAAAUGUCAGCAGUUCCUGCUCUACUCAUGGAACAGGACAUUUAUUGUAUUAAUUCAAUUACUAAGAAUUAUUGUCAAGUAAAGUAUUCCAAGGAAACCAUUUUGAUAGAAAAACAUCGUUCCAUUAUGUUUUAGGAUUAUUAUAGAAAUCCUGUGACAACAAAAUGAUGUUAUUCUUGAAGCAUUUGAUAUUUCACUGAUUUGAUGCAUUUGGGUCCUUCAUGUUUUGGUUCUUUUUUAUAAUUCAUUAAAAAAAACUUGUAUUACUACUACCGGGUCAUCAUUCUAAAUAUCACAUGUAUUCACAUGGAUUAAACAUUUGCUGUGCUAAGUUUUUAAGUUUGCAGUUGAAUAUUUUGAAAUAUGUAAACACGAUUUUUGAAAGUUCUGUAUAAUUUACUUUGAUUAUAUUAUACAUGUAAUCUAAUUAACAUAAAAAAAAAUGUUUUUUUGUUCUAAUAUUAAAAUAUUUUAGGAAAAUGUUCCUGGUUUAACACAUGAUUGCUAAAGAGAACAAAAUGUUAGUAUAAUUCCAUAAGCUUCAGAUUUAUUUAUCAUUUUUUUUUAAACAGAACUAAUUAAUAUUUAAAUUUAGCAUUGUAGUACCAAAAAAAGUGACUUUGAAAGAAUUUAUUAAGGUGAAUAUUUGGCCUGCUCAUUAAUAAUAAAAUGUAUGAGUAUGACUCUGUAAAAUCAAUGACUGCUUAAACACUCUGGACAAACUUUUACUGCUUAAAGUAUGUAGUAAUUUAUUCCCAUGACACAAUGACAUGGGUUUGUACUCUUGAAUUCCUCAGCUCUCACCAAUGUAUAAAGGAUUUUUAACAAGUACAACAUUUAAAUAUUUAUAGUACAUGUAUUGUGCUAGAUAAUAUCACUGAAAUUAACAAUAUAGUACACAGACCUUGAAUUCAAAUUAUAGACUAUAUAUGAAAAAAGUUCACAACAUAAAACUGGUUGAUUUAUUACAUACCGGUAUUCAAUUUUUGUUUUAUAGAUAACUAUUUUUGUAAAUAACUAUGAAUGAAGUUUCUAUUUAUUGAGUGAUUGUGCCGUGUAUGAAUCGAUUAUCAUCAUAACAAUAUCAUUGCUGUCUAUAUAUAGAAUAAAGAUAUCAGUCAAAAA